AAAAUAUAAUAAUUCCAUUUUCCCCUAGCUGGAAAAUAGCUUUUUCUUUUCUUUAUGCCAUCGAAAUCAAAAACACCAAAAACCAAAUCCAACACAACCAUAACCACCGCCACAACAACGCAACACAGUAGAAAAGAAUCAUCAUCACACAAACACAACCAACGCAUAACAACACCACCGAACCUAAACCUUUUCUCUCUUUUAUUUUAUUUCCCGAUUUACCCUCCUCUUCUUCUCUUAUUUACCAUCCUAACCCUCCUCCUCCUCCACCCUCAUCUAUGGCCGCGUCGCUCCUUUUCCUUUCCAUAACCGCUCUCUCCCUUCUUCAAUCCGCAUCGGCUUCUUCCUCCUCCUCCUCCUCCUCCUCCGCCUGCAUCCCUACACCUCCUUCGUUUAUCUAUCAACUUCAAUCUCAAUGCCCAAUCUACAUCCAAUCCAAUCCACCGCUUCAGGUGGAUGGAAAUUUCAUAGAAGAAGUUCUAUCGGGCAAAAAGAAGACCGAGUCUGUCUCUAUACUCUUCUAUGCUUCCUGGUGCCCAUUUUCACGCAUGAUGCUUCCUAAAUUUGAAACUCUUAGCUCCAUGUUUCCUCAAAUAGAGCAUUUUGUUCUUGAGCAAUCGUCAGCUUUGCCAAGCUUAUAUUCAAAAUAUGGAAUCCAUAGCUUGCCUUCAAUAUUAUUGGUGAACCAAACCUCAAAGUUGAGGUAUCGUGGCCCAAAUGAUUUUCUCUCUCUAUUGGAGUUUUAUGAAAGAAACACAAGGUUUGAAGCAAGUAGUAAUAAUGCCAUCGGUCAAACAAGCAGUAUGAUGAUGACAGGCGACGAGAAUUCGAGUCUGAAGUCAUUGAUUGGUCUCUCACUUAAAGAAACAUCCAUGAGGGAACCCUACUUAUUGUUUUCUGUGAUGUUUAUCUGUUUAAGGAUACUUCUUUUUGUAUUUCCCAAGAUCCUAUCGCGUCUCCGAGCAUUCUGGGUUUCCUGUAUUCCUAAUCUGAACAUGCAAAUAUUUGGUGAGACAAGCCAAGUGAUCGGACGUGUGCUUCAAGUGAUUGAUGUCAGGAGGAUUUGGACAAAGCUAGGACUAUGCAAGACGAGGAUUUUUCACGAGAGGGCAAGGAGUGCGCGGGUUUUGGCUUCAUCUUUGGCUUCUGUUUCUCUGGGCGAGUCGUCAUCCGCCAGAUAAAUCAUUCCGAGAUUUGAACUAACAACUUUAAUAUGGUGUUAUGAGGGUAGUUAAGAGUUUGUCUUUAUUAGAUAAUAUUCUCAAGAUGCAGUUGAAGCUUGGCACCACAUAGUUUCUCUCUCCCUCCUCUCUCUUUCUUACUCUUUCUCUUAUUUUAUUGGUAGAUCGAAUAGCCAAAUGUUGAUUUGUGUUUGAGUUUUUUUUUUUUUUUUGAGGAACAGGCUUGUAAAUUUGAGAACUGUUGUCCUUUUGUGUAAAUUAGUUCUUUCUGAAUGGAAUUAUAUACAUGGUAGUCUUAUGAACA